AUGACUCGAAUGAGCCCAAGGACCCGGAUGGUCCCGAUGACCUGGACGAGCCCGACAAACCAGACGCUCAGAUGGACCCGACAACCCACUUGGCCUGAUGACCUAGACAGGCCCGACGACCCUGACGGGCUCACUGACUUGGACGGAUUAAACCAUCCGGACAGGCCCGAUUAUCCGGACCAGCAUGACGACCCUAACGGGCACGACGACCCAUAUGGGCAGGAUGACCCAAACGGACCAAACGAACCAAAUAGACCAGACCACUUAGACGAGCUUGGUGACCCGGAUGAGCCCGACAAUACGUACGGACUAUACUUUCCAGACGGGCACAACAACCCAAACGGGCCCAUUGACCAGUAG